AUGACAGUAGUGCUCGUCUCUCAGAGUGACCCAGAAAACAGAUUUCAGUCCAGCAAUCUGAAGCAGCAUUCACACUCUUCUGCUGGGAUUGGACUCUUCUGGAAACUGGACGUCAGAGAAAUGCUGUUCAUCUUUGGAUUGUUGCUGCUGCUGAUACCAACUGAUACAUGUGUGGAGAUGUUCUGCAGGUUUAAUCAGACAGAUCCCUGUUACGCAGCUCUGGGACACAAACUCUAUCUGCAGAUGGUGACGGACACUCGAGAUCAACAGCUGUGGUUAUAUAAGAGGACAGACAAUACAACUGAGGGAUUUAUUAAAGUUAAGAAGAACAGGAUUGUGUAUGAACAUGAAUCCAUUAUAAACAGAUCUGAGUUUAUCAUUAAUAAUAGGACUCUGAUUAUAAACAGUGUGAUCAGAACAGAUUCAGGGACAUACACAUUAGUGCUCUAUAAUUCAUACGGCUCAUGGGCACAUGGUGUAAAUCUUACAGUGAUUGUUGAAGCUCCUAUUGGCUCAGUGGAACUGUCAAUCAUUUGCAGUGGGGAGAAGCGAGCGUCCUGCUCCUCUGAGGGGGAUCAUCUCAUCUUCAGCUGGACUCUGAAUGGACAAGAACUGGAGGAUAGAAAUAACAUCAUUCAUCUGGAUGAGGAAACUUCUGGAAACAUCAUCUGCACUGUGAACAACCACGUCAGUCGUGGACAGAAGAACAUUAGUGUAAACCGAUGUCCUGUUGAGUGUUCAGUGUCUGGGGUGUAUGUGAUGGUGUGGAGUUUGGAGAUGAUGCUUCUGUUGACUCUGUUAGGAGGUUUUCACAUCUACAUCAGAUACUGCAGCACACACACAUCAGGAAGGAAACAGGAAGAGGAAAUCGCUCUAUAGAUCAAAACUGAGAAUGACAAGAUUUAGACACCGACAUCAACACAGAACAGAAGAUUCAUGAGAGAAACGGCAGAUUUCAUCACAGAUAUUAGA